AUGAAAUCCAUACUUCACAUUGCCCCAUUCCUAGCAUCUACUGUUGCAGCAGUAGCCAUUGCGAAAGCCAAUGCGCCUGCUAUCGCAGCUCGCGCUACUUCCACGGUCAAUCCUUUCUCAGGUUAUCAGCUUUAUGCCAACUCGUUUUAUGCAUCCGAAGUAACCACCUCGGCUUUGCCGUCCAUGACUGGCACUGCGAAGGCAGCCGCUAGCAAUGUUGCAGAGGUGCCAUCUUUCUACUGGCUUGACACGGCCGACAAGGUGCCAAUCAUGGGCGAAUUCCUGUCCGACAUCCAGUUGAAGAAUGCAGCCGGGGCUAACCCUCCUCUUGCCGGCAUCUUUGUUGUAUAUGACUUGCCCGAUCGCGACUGUGCUGCUCUCGCUAGUAACGGCGAGUACUCUAUUGCUAAUGGUGGUGUCGAGAAGUACAAGGCGUAUAUUGAUCAUAUUCGCGCGACGCUUUUGGAAUAUUCUGAUGUUCAUACCAUUCUGAUCAUUGAGCCUGACAGCUUGGCGAACUUGGUCACUAACAUGGACGUCUCGAAGUGUGCUAAUGCACACGACGCAUACCUUGAGUGCACCAACUAUGCGGUCACUCAGUUGAAUUUGGAUAAUGUUGCUAUGUAUCUUGAUGCUGGACACGCCGGAUGGCUGGGCUGGCCUGCGAACCUAAGCCCAGCGGCUCAGCUAUAUGCUCAAGUCUAUAACAACGCAUCUAAGCCCGCCUCCCUACGAGGACUGGCAACCAACGUUGCUAACUACAACGGUUGGUCCCUUAGUACUUGUCCAUCUUAUACUUCAGGAGACUCCAACUGCGACGAGAAACGAUAUGUUAAUGCGCUUGCUCCUUUACUACAGAACCUUGGAUGGGAUGCUCAUUUCAUCACUGAUACUGGACGUAACGGUGUCCAGCCAACUCAGCAGAACGCCUGGGGUGAUUGGUGCAAUGUAAAGGGUACUGGCUUCGGAGUUCGUCCUACCACAAACACUGGAGAUGCCCUGGAAGAUGCGUUUGUCUGGGUCAAGCCUGGUGGUGAAAGUGACGGUACUUCGGCUACGUCUUCAUCUCGAUAUGAUGCCCACUGUGGAUAUAGUGAUGCUCUGCAGCCAGCUCCUGAGGCUGGUACAUGGUUCCAGGCGUACUUUGCACAACUGGUGGCUAACGCCAACCCUUCAUUCUAA